CUCUGCUCCUUCAAUUCUAGGGUUUUUAUUCAGUCAUAAGCUGCUGCAUUUUGCUUCACUCCUCCACCGAUCUUCUUCCGACGACACUUCGCAGCAACCAUGAUCAUUUCAGAGAAGAACAGGAGAGAGAUCUCCAAGUACCUCUUCAAAGAGGGUGUGUGCUUUGCGAAGAAGGAUUUCAACUUGGCGAAGCACCCGGAUAUCGAUGUGCCGAAUCUUCAGGUGAUUAAGCUUAUGCAGAGCUUCAAAUCGAAGGAGUACGUUCGCGAGACUUUUGCUUGGAUGCACUAUUAUUGGUACCUUACCAAUGAUGGCAUUGAGUUCCUCCGAACGUACCUCAACCUCCCGUCGGAGAUUGUUCCCGCAACUCUCAAGAAGUCGGCCAAGCCCCUUGGCCGUCCCAUGGGUGGGCCACCUGGCGAUCGCCCACGUGGACCCCCAAGAUUCGAGGGUGAGAGGCCACGCUUCGGUGACCGAGAAGGAUACCGUGGUGGGCCCAGAGGAGGACCACCAGGUGAAUUUGGUGGUGAGAAGAGUGGAGCACCUGCUGACUACCAACCUGCUUUCAGGGGUUCUGGUGGGCGUCCCGGGUUUGGCAGAGGCGCUGGUGGUUUCGGUGGAGCACCUCCCAGUUAAACUUAACCACAUGUUUGUUUAUUCAUAGUUCCUGAUAGGAUUUUUUUGAUGUUCGGAUUUAUGUGGAUCGAAAGAUUAUAUUUUGCAUGAAAAUGUUUCAUUGUCCUAUGAUGCCUUUUAAAUGUUCUUUGGAUUUGAAUUAUAAUGGAUUUUGUUUCGUUUUGGUUUCUU